AUGUUGGAGCGAAUAAUGUCGCGACGCUGGCUGGAGCUUGACUAUAAAGUGCUGGCACACGCAAUCAAUCACACAAUUAUGUUCGAGAAUCUCCUCUGCAAAAGAUUUCCAGCAAAAUCGGAAUUCAACUUCGAAAAGAUUAUUUGGAAAGCAUUCGAUAAGUACAUGGAUGUGUUCGUAGCUGCACAGAAGAAAAAUUUGGACAGCUUCCUGGAGGAAUGCGUGCUGCGAAUUCGAAGUGGUGCUGAACGACCAACACGCGAAACAGCUCCACAAGCGUAUCCGCUUCCUUCUUCAGCCGAUAUGUUUCUGUUGCUGAAGAAAAUUAUUGCUGAAUCGACGAAACUUAGCUCAAAUCCAAAUGCUCUCUUAAGAGAUCUUAUGGAAGUGUUGCGUGGCUGUCUACGUGGAUAUGCUCAUGGUUGCUUGACAGCUUUUUUGCCAUCUGUUUCGUCAGCUCAGUUCUCGUCCACAUCCAUUUUGCAAACUUUAAUGAGGUAUUACUUUUCGUUUUCUCGAGAUCCGGAGUUAUAG